AUGAAUCGGACUCUUCUGGUCGAUCUUGAUAUCCAAAACGUCGAGGAGACUUUUUUAUCGAUUCCCUCCACGGAGAGUGCUCAUUCGGUAUCGAAGUUAUGGACCAGCAAGCCUCACCUGGCUGGGUCUCAAAACGACUAUACGUCUGCACUCGAACUGCUUCGUGCUUUCCAGAGUCAUCUUGGUCUUGAUUCCACAGGCCCGCCUCCUGUCUACGAAGCCGGCAGUGCCGAGUCUCAAAAUGCAAUUUUAGGCAUCGGACAACUUGAAAAGCCGAAAGCUUGGAUAGAUACGUAUUAUCCACUGCUUGAAACUCCCGGAGAGAGGCGGCUGGAGUUGCUAGAUGCUGGUGGUGCUGUAUCUUGGAGCGCCAACCUUGAGGAACAUCUUACGGGAGCAGGCAAUGUAAUCGGAGCAUGGCAUGCGUUCAGUAAAUCCGGGGAAGUUAAGGCAAGAAUCGUCUACGCAAAUUAUGGUUUCAAGAGUGAUUUUGAAGCACUCAAGGAAGAAGGAUGUGAUGUGACCGGAAGUAUCGUGCUAAUUAGAGAGGGUUACACUUUUCGUGGACUUCGGAUCAAGGAGGCUGCUAAAGCCGGUGCGAUAGGGUGUUUGACGUUUAAAAACCCCAGGACAGAUGAUCCUGUCACCGUUCAAAACGGGUAUAAGCCCUGGCCAGAAGGUCCGGCUCGUAAUCCACAUGCAGUCACAAGAGGUCAUGUUUCAGAUAUCAGUCACCAAUCUGGCGACCCUACCACACCUGGCUACCCCUCUUACCGAGACGCACCCCGUGUAGAGCCUAAAGGUCUCCCUUCGAUCCCAUCAUUGCCGAUCUCGUGGCAUAAUGCAUGCAUUCUCUUGAAAGAAAUCGAAGAUUCCGGAGGCAAGAAAAGUAAACGCGAGGUACGCUUGGUGAACAAUGUUCAUCGCCAAAUAGGGCCAAUAUGGAAUGUUAUGGCUGUUAUACCUGGUUACAUUCGGGAUGAAGUUGUUGUGGCAGGCAACCAUCGUGAUGCUUGGGUUUUUGGUGCGAGCGACCCUACUAGUGGGACGGUAUCUUUGCAUGAGAUGUCCAGGGGCUUGGGCCAAUUGCUUCAACUCAGGUGGAAACCCUUCAGAACAAUUUUGCUAGCAAGCUGGGACGGCGAAGAGUAUGGGCUAUUUGGGAGUACUGAGUGGGGGGAGGAUUUCCAAGAUUGGUUGAGAGGGCACGCUGUUGCAUACUUGAACGUUGACAAAUCAACGUCCGGAAGCAUGCUACGGAUUCGUGGCACCCCAUCUAUCGCACCUCUUCUUCGGCAAGCUGCGCUUGAUCUUCCUCAUUAUAGUAGACCUGAGUCAGGGCAGACUUUAUGGGAUGCACGGGACGACCGUGGUCCAUUUGCAGAGCCCAUCAAACAAGAAGAGCAUAGUAGUGCUACUCAGCCGAAAUACUGGACUGGUAUCAAAACUCUUGGAAGUGGGAGCGAUUAUACGGUAUUUCUACAACAGCUUGGGAUCGCAUGCGGGGAUCUUUCAUUCACGAACACAGGUGGAGAUGCUGCUUACCAUUAUCAUUCCUUCUAUGAUUCCGAAGAUUGGAUGAACCAAUACGGAGACCCGGGAUGCUUGCGUAGGGUGGCAAUUGCCAAGUAUUGGGGAUUAGUUUUAUUAAGAAUGGCCAAUUCGUUUAUUCUUCCUCUCGACGAUCGUCAAACUAUACCCUCUCUUCCGAAUGAGCUUGAUAUCUCACAAUUGCGCAAAGCGAUUAAAGAAGUGCAAGCUGCGAGCAAGAAUCUCGACCGCGAUAAGGCUCAGGUCACUAUCAGACUGAAGGAGUACUUUAAUCGGGUUGGGGAAAGUGGUGGUCAAAAUACUAGGACAAUACUCCAAGAAGCUUUCUCCUGGCUUGAUCGCAAAGAGGUUGCAAACUCUGGGUUAGCACAGCUUAUGAUAGAUGUAAGCUCAAUAAACAAGAAGCUUGCUAAUUUCGAGCGAGGAUUUAUCUCGGAGGCUGGGCUGCCUGGGCGUGAAUGGUACCGCCAUUUGAUAGUAGCACCGGGGAAAUGGAUCGGCUAUGGUGCAACCAAUUUCCCAUCUUUGACCGAGGCAAUCACCGAAUUUCGCGAUCCCGUCCUAGCGGCAGAGCAAGUUCAACGACUUACUCACCUUCUUUGUAAUUUAGCUGAGUCGUUGAAUGAAUGA